AUGGCGACGGAGGGCAGCAAGGUGGCGGAUGGACAGAUCUCCACGGAGGUCAGCGAGGCUCCCGUGGACGGCGACAAGCCCAAAACCCUGGUGGUCAAAGUGCAGAAGAAGGCGGCAGCAGCAGACCUUCCGGACCGGGACACAUGGAAGGGCCGCUUCGACUUCCUCAUGUCCUGCGUGGGCUACGCCAUCGGCCUGGGCAACGUCUGGAGGUUCCCCUAUCUGUGCGGGAAGAACGGCGGCGGGGCCUUCCUGAUCCCCUACUUCCUGACGCUCAUCUUUGCGGGGGUCCCCCUCUUCCUGCUGGAGUGCUCCCUGGGCCAGUACACGUCCAUCGGGGGCCUGGGGGUGUGGAAGCUGGCCCCCAUGUUCAAAGGAGUGGGCCUCGCCGCGGCCGUGCUGUCCUUCUGGCUGAACAUCUACUACAUCGUCAUCAUCUCCUGGGCUAUCUACUACCUGUACAACUCCUUCACCACGACGCUGCCGUGGAAACACUGUGACAACCACUGGAACACAGAACGCUGCUUCUCCAACUACAGCAUCGCCAACACCACCAACAUGACCAGCGCCGUGAUGGAGUUCUGGGAGCGUAACAUGCAUCAGAUGACGGACGGGCUGGACAAGCCGGGCCAGAUCCGCUGGCCUCUGGCCAUCACCCUGGCCAUCGCCUGGAUCCUCGUGUAUUUCUGUAUCUGGAAGGGUGUUGGCUGGACUGGGAAGGUGGUCUACUUCUCAGCCACAUAUCCCUACAUCAUGCUGAUCAUCCUGUUCUUCCGUGGAGUGACCCUGCCGGGGGCUGGGGAUGGCAUCCUCUUCUACAUCACACCCAACUUCCACAAGCUGUCCGACUCCGAGGUGUGGCUGGAUGCUGCCACUCAGAUCUUCUUCUCCUACGGGCUGGGCCUAGGAUCCCUGAUCGCUCUUGGGAGCUACAACAGUUUCCGCAACAACGUCUACAGGGACUCUAUAAUCGUCUGCUGCAUCAACUCGUGCACCAGCAUGUUCGCGGGAUUUGUCAUCUUCUCCAUCGUGGGCUUCAUGGCCCAUGUCACCAAGCGGUCCAUUGCGGAUGUGGCGGCCUCAGGCCCCGGGCUGGCGUUCCUGGCGUACCCAGAGGCAGUGACCCAGCUGCCCAUCUCUCCGCUCUGGUCCAUUCUCUUCUUCUCGAUGCUGCUGAUGCUGGGCAUUGACAGCCAGUUCUGCACGGUGGAGGGCUUCAUCACCGCCCUGGUGGACGAGUACCCCAAACUCCUCCGCAACCGCAGGGAGCUCUUCAUCGCUGCCGUCUGCGUCGUCUCCUACCUGAUUGGCCUCUCUAACAUCACUCAGGGGGGCAUUUAUGUCUUCAAGCUUUUUGAUUACUACUCUGCCAGUGGCAUGAGCCUGCUGUUCCUCGUGUUCUUUGAAUGUGUCUCCAUCUCCUGGUUUUACGGUGUCAACCGAUUCUAUGACAACAUCCAAGAGAUGGUGGGCUUCAGGCCCUGCAUCUGGUGGAAGCUCUGCUGGUCCUUCUUCACCCCGAUCAUUGUGGCGGGUGUGUUCCUUUUCAGCGCUGUGCAGAUGACUCCUCUCACCAUGGGGAGCUAUGUUUUCCCCAAGUGGGGCCAGGGCGUGGGCUGGCUCAUGGCUCUGUCCUCCAUGGUCCUCAUCCCGGGGUACAUGGUCUACAUGUUCCUCACCCUGAAGGGCUCCCUGAAGCAGCGCAUUCAGGUCAUGAUCCAGCCCAGCGAAGACAUCGUGCGCCCGGAGAACGGCCCCGAGCAGCCCCAGGCCAGCGGCUCCGCCAGCAAGGAGGCCUACAUCUAG